CUCUGGAACCGCAAAGUGAAGCUGGUGGAGGGUGCCUGAUCUGGCCGCUGCCAGGGGCGGGCGGGAAGGCGCACCAUGUACACUAUCACCAAGGGGCCCAGCAAGCUGGUCGCGCAGCGCCGCACAGGUCCCACACAGCAGCAGGUGGAGAGCAGGCUUGGCGAGCUCCUGAAAUGCCGGCAGCCGGUGCCGCCGACCGCGCUACCCGCGCACCAGCAGCCCUCGACACAGCCUCAGGGACCCUGGCCCCUUGCAAGUCCCGGACCAAGGCUUGUGUUCAAUCGAGUAAACGGCCGGCGACCCCUCACCACCUCCCCAUCCCUCGAGGGGACCCAAGAGACCUACACAGUGGCCCACGAGGAGAACGUCCGAUUUGUGUCCGAAGCCUGGCAGCAGGUAGAGCGACAACUGGAUGGCGGCCCUGCCGAUGAGAGUGGCCCACGGCCUGUGCAGUAUGUGGAGAGCACUCCUGAUCCCCGGCUACAGAACUUUGUACCUAUUGACCUCGAUGAGUGGUGGGCACAGCAGUUCCUGGCUAAAAUCACCAACUGUUCCUAGCAGCUGUCCGGGAAGGAAUAUUGCCAUAGUGGACCCUUUGCCAGAAGAGGACCAUGGUGCCCCGAUCCACCUUGUGGCCUGGCUGGGUACCGGCCACACCUGAAGUGCCAACAUUUGGACUUUUGCACCUGUUGUUCCCUUGGCUUGGCUGUCCCAAGCUGCCAGAGCCAGGGGCCAAACCUGUCUAACCUCAGUCCUGCCCACUGUGCCCAGGGACCAGCCCCUGGGGCUGGCAGCGAGGAGUUCAGGCUAAUAAAGUUGAGAAACUGCC